CCCAUCCCUCCCUCCCCAGCCUCCCGUUGCGAUCCUCCGGAGCGGCUGCGGGAGCGGCGGGCGGCCGGGCCGGCAUGCAUCCAUCCCCGCCCGCGGCCGCGGCCGCUGCCCUAGCGGGAAUUACAGCCUCUCCCAGCCAGCUGCCAGCAUGAUUUCAUCUGCUGGAGGAUUUUUGCAUCUGAUCGCUUGAGAAGCAGCAAUCGGAGAUGGAUGUCUCUCUUUGCCCUACCAAGUGCACUUUCUGGAGGGUAUUUUUGCUCUGGAGCAUUUGGGGAGACUAUCUGCUUUCGGUGCUGGCUUGCCCUGCUAAUUGUCUUUGCAGCAAGACAGACAUCAAUUGCAACAAGCCGGAUGAUGGGAACCUCUUCCCUCUCUUGGAAGGGCAGGAUUCAGGCAGCAGCAAUGGCAACACGAGCAUCAAUAUCACGGACAUCUCAAGGAACAUCACUUCCAUACACAUAGAAAACUGGAAGAACUUGCAGACACUGAACGCCGUUGACAUGGAGCUGUACACAGGACUCCAGAGGCUGACAAUCAGGAACUCAGGACUACGAAACAUCCAGCCACGCGCCUUUGCCAAGAACCCUCACCUGCACUACAUAGACCUCUCCGGGAACCGCCUCACCACUCUGUCAUGGCAACUCUUCCAGACCCUGCGGCUCUUUGAACUGAGACUAGAGAGGAACCUUUUUAACUGCAGCUGUGACAUUCGCUGGAUCCAGCUCUGGCAGGAGAAGGGCGAGGCAAACCUGCAGCACCAGGGCCUCUACUGCAUGACCAUGGAUGCAGCCAUCAUCCGUUUGCAGGACAUGAACAUCACCCAGUGUGACCUUCCUGAGAUCAGCGUGAGCCACGUGAACCUGACGGUGCGGGAAGGUGAGAACGCCGUCAUCACCUGUAACGGCUCGGGAUCGCCGCUGCCGGACGUCGACUGGACGGUGGCCGAACUCCACUCCAUCAACACCCACCAGACCAACCUCAACUGGACCAAUGUUCAUGCCAUCAAUUUGACCUUGGUGAACGUCACCAGUGAGGACAACGGGUUCCUGCUCACCUGCAUUGCUGAGAACGUGGUGGGGAUGAGCAAUGCCAGUGUGCUGCUCACUGUCUACUAUCCCCCUCGCAUCCUUACUCUGGAGGAGCCGGUGCGACACCUGGACCACUGCAUUGCGUUUGCAGUGCAAGGGAACCCAGUUCCCACCCUUCACUGGCUGCACAACGGCCAGGUGCUCCGGGAGACAGAGAUCAUCCGUGUGGAGUUAUACCAGCAAGGGGAAGUGUCUGAGGGUUGCCUGCUCUUCGACAACCCCACUCACUACAACAAUGGCAACUACACGAUUGUGGCCACCAACCAGCUGGGCUCAGCCAACCAAACUAUCAAAGGACACUUCCUUGAAAAACCCUUUCCAGAGAGUACAGACAACUUUGUCUCAAUCGGGGAUUAUGAAGUGAGUCCCACCCCACCGAUCACUGUGACCCACAAACCAGAAGAGGACACUUUUGGGGUUUCCAUAGCGGUUGGGCUGGCAGCUUUUGCUUGUGUCCUCUUGGUCGUCCUCUUUAUUAUGAUCAACAAGUAUGGCCGGCGGUCCAAGUUUGGGAUGAAAGGUCCCGUGGCAGUGAUCAGCGGAGAGGAGGAUUCAGCCAGUCCUCUCCACCAUAUCAACCAUGGCAUCACGACACCCUCAUCCCUGGAUGCUGGCCCGGACACAGUGGUGAUCGGCAUGACCCGCAUUCCCGUCAUCGAGAACCCCCAGUACUUCCGACAAGGUCACAACUGCCACAAGCCAGACACGUAUGUCCAGCAUAUUAAGAGGAGAGACAUCGUUUUGAAGAGGGAGCUGGGAGAAGGUGCCUUUGGGAAGGUGUUCUUGGCCGAGUGUUACAACCUCAGCCCCACCAACGACAAAAUGCUGGUGGCAGUGAAGGCACUGAAAGACCCCACGUUGGCAGCCCGCAAGGAUUUCCAGCGGGAGGCAGAACUGCUCACCAACCUGCAGCACGAGCACAUCGUCAAGUUCUACGGCGUGUGUGGGGACGGAGACCCGCUCAUCAUGGUCUUUGAGUACAUGAAGCACGGCGACCUGAACAAGUUCCUGAGGGCACAUGGCCCAGACGCUAUGAUCCUCGUGGAUGGGCAGCCUCGACAAGCCAAAGGGGAGCUAGGGCUAUCCCAGAUGCUCCACAUCGCUAGCCAGAUCGCCUCUGGAAUGGUGUACCUUGCCUCCCAGCACUUUGUCCAUAGAGACCUGGCCACCAGGAACUGCUUGGUCGGAGCCAACCUGCUGGUGAAGAUUGGAGACUUUGGGAUGUCAAGAGAUGUCUACAGCACUGAUUACUACAGGGAAGGGCCGCGUCCGAAGGGCCAGUUCAGCGCAGCGUGGCAGCGACAGAGACUGGCACCGCCGGCAGCUGCAACAGUUGGAGGACACACCAUGCUGCCUAUCCGCUGGAUGCCUCCAGAGAGCAUCAUGUACAGGAAGUUCACAACAGAGAGUGACGUCUGGAGCUUCGGGGUGAUCCUCUGGGAGAUCUUCACGUAUGGGAAGCAGCCCUGGUUCCAGCUCUCAAACACAGAGGUAAUUGAGUGCAUUACCCAAGGCCGAGUUUUGGAAAGGCCUCGAGUCUGCCCCAAGGAGGUUUACGACAUCAUGUUGGGCUGCUGGCAGAGAGAACCUCAGCAACGGCUCAACAUCAAGGAGAUCUACAAGAUCCUUCAUGCUCUGGGCAAGGCCACACCAAUCUACCUGGACAUCCUUGGCUAGCAGUGGCCACUUGUUGGAAGUCCCUGCUCCUUCCUUCCAUCCUUCCUUCCCUCUCCCCCUCCCAAGUCCUUUGCCCCUCAGCUCCCAAGCAAACAUCUUCAUAUAAACUCAAGUGCCUGCUACACAUACAACACUGAAAAAAAACAAAAAAAGCAAAACAAAAAGCAAACCAACAAAAAUCCCAGAGAACAACAAUCUGUAAGGCAGUUUGGCUUAUAUAUAUUUAUAGAUAUCUCUCUAUAUAUAACUUCCACACCAAUACAGAAAGAAGCUGCUGUUACAGAAAAUUGUAAGACUAUAAAAAAAAAAAGAAACAAAAAAGGGAGAAAAAGUACUUAAAAAGAUAUAUAUAAUUAAAAAAAAAAAAAAGACAGAAAGAAAGGAGAAGGUAUCUUUCCCCCGAGCAAUGAAGCAGUGAAUUGUAACCCUGCUGUGAGUAUGGUUCGGGCUGCUGGGCAGGGCUCUAGACUGGCUAUGGCAGCAAUGCCAUCCUGGGUAGGAGCCCCAGGAAGAAAGCCUUGCCCUGGUUGUAUGAUAUGCACUGAAUGUGUGAAAUCAGUCCUCCCUUUUCGUCCUUGCCUCCCUCCCUCCUUUCCAGCCCACAGGUGAUGGGCGCAAAGCCAGGGCAGUGCCCCUGCGUGAACUCUCUUUUACCAACCCCUUCCAUCCCUUCCUCUCAGGCCCUCCCUGUCCCUCUCUGCCUUCCUGCCUUUUUCCUCCCUCCAACAUUUCAGGACAAUUUUUCUAAUUUGCUGAUUCUUAAAUGUAUAGACUCAAGGCUUUCGAACACACAGUCAAAGGAUUGUGACACCUACGGGUAAAACACACACCGGGAACCAGCUGCCCUCCCGCAGACUGCAAGUUUGCCUGGCCCAGCCCUCCCUCUGCCCCGUGCCAGCUGCUGCCAGUGCUGGGAGAGCAGCGAGACCAAAGCGGCUGCGCACAGGAGUCGGGUGGGGGGUCCUGGAGGCCCAGUCCUGACUCAUCCCCAACCCAUUCCAGGGUGUGAGACAGGAGUGCUGUUUGCCCAGUGCAUCCAGUGCAUCCAGCGCAGGCGAUCACUUUGGGAGGAACAACCUCACUCCUCCCCACCCUUCGUGGUUGCUAGCAACCAUGGAGUUGUUCCCCCUCCCUCAGCUGUCUGCACCAGGGCCAAAUUGGUCCCUGGUGUGAACCUUUAGCGAGCAGAGUUGGAUCCCUGCUCCCCUUUCUAAGGCUACAGGAUGCAGACAGCUGGGAACAUGCCUGGAACCCAGCUGGGCAUGUCUAUAGGGUCAGCAUAUCCCAGUGCUCUUCCUCCCUAUCCUCUUCCCUUCCCUGUUCCUGCCCCAUGCCUCAGUCCAAGCCUCAGGCACAAGCCAGCGGGGGACAGGGAGGGGGACAAGGCUUGUGAGAUGGCUGGGAACCUACCAACACCUGCCUGCAGUUCCCUUGCCAUUCUCCUCACGUCCCCAUCCCCUGAAAGGAUUGAUGCAUCUGCCUUUGAGCUGUUGUGAAAUGCAGAGGCUGAAGAAUAGCUCCACAGGCAGCCCCGGGAGGAGGGGGGAAGGAGGGGAAGGUGCCUUCAGGAGCAGACGGCUCAGCGGAUGGCCACAGCGGCCAGCCUUGCAUCUCAAUGAGGAGAAAGGCCUGACAGGCAGCAACAGGGGGUGGUGGGGACAGCGAGGGAGAAACAGCAGCAUCCUCCCUACUGCCCAUCUCCCUGGAGCGGGAAACGAUCCCGACCUGGGGAAACACUGAGUCAGACAUUGCAUCCUGCCUGUCCAGACUGGGCUGAGAAUAUAAAACCUUUCUGGGUCUUUUUUUCAUGUGGCUAAUGGAGGACAAGGGGGAACCUCAGCUUGGCAGCUGCUCUCAGGAGGCAGGGAGCGGGUGGCACAGGCAUUGUCAAGGCAAUUUUGAGAAGGCAAUAACUGCCAGCACAAAAAUAGCCUGCUUGGAUGUGGCACUUUCCUGGAAGGGAAUGCAGAUGGGGAAAAGGAGAUGGAGAAGGGAUCUUGGCUCCUUCCCCAUGGUUAGAGUAGUAUUCAUGGCCAGGAUGAAAGGGGAGAUAGGUGACUCUGCUUAUGUCUUGCAUUGGAAAAGAAGAUUUUGCAUCCUUUCCUCAUUACCCAUGUUUCCUGGCAGUCUAUAACUCUCACCCAUGGCUCUUGCAUGACCUGACUUAAUGUUUUAGACAGAGGCAGGGGGUAUUGCUACAAGGAGGAUUGUGGUGGUAACAGUGGCCAAGGGUUUAUUCUGUGCUUGUUUAAUGAGCAGUGGAAGCCUGGAGUGGGACAUGAUGGGAGGCAGUAACCAUGUGGGAGUAAGGACAUAACCUUCCUCUGCAUAUUAGAGAGAUCUGGGCUAGUGGGACAGACUCGUGCCAGUGGAGGCUGGACAGACUGCCACUAAACAGGCACCAGCUGCUCUACAGCAUGGACACCAGUGAUGGCAUGGUCGUGGACAAGGGUGUGGACCAGCACACGGAGUCCGCACACAGGAACAGCGUACCAAACCAUGCCUCCACAGCAGGAUCUCCCUCCUGUGGGAGAGGACAUCCAGUUUUCCUCACCUGCCUACUUAGGUUCAACUUUGUAAGUGAAAAAGAUUGGUUGAAAAUUUGCCUGCCCUGCCCUGGCUCCCUUUGUGUGCAGGCUGCUUUGGCUAAAAGGAAUUGAUAUUCUGCACAGGGGAAGAACAAGGAAUGUCUGUUAAUUGCCCAGCAUCUCCAAAAGAAAACCCUUUCUCGGGGCUGCCUGUCUCUUACUCCAAGUGGCUUCUGGCUCUUGUGGCUCCCAGGCAGUGCGUCAGAUUGUGCAAGGCCACAAUUUUAUCCACCCCUCUCUCUCACUGUCAUGCUGUCAUUUCUUUUUUGGCCAAUGUCACAGGCUUUUACACUAUCAAAUCACCUACAGACACACUGUUCCAGGUGGAUGAGAUUCCCUUGUCACCAUUCUGCAUAGCAGCUACAUCCUCCCUUCCCUCUUUCCUCCUUCCCCUGCUCCCCAGCACCAUCACCUGUCCCUUCACCAUCUCUCUGUACAGUCACAGCAGCAAGGUGAGCUCAGGAGCCGGGCGUGACACCGAGCCUUGGUGCUGCAUGUUUAGGAAUAGCUGGUCUGUGAGGGAAGUUCAUGGGUCCCCAGAAGAUGUGAAGUGGCUCAGAUGUGAAGCCUGCCUGCUUUGCUGCUAGCCCCACCAUGUGCAGUAACUGCCUUGGAAAAAGGUCCUUUUGUCAAGGUUAAUUGUGAACAAUUACUCAGAAGAGCUGGAUAAGCUGCAGUUCUGCGGUGUGACAUCUGCCCUGUUGCUGCUCUAGGCCCCUUGGCCUGUCAGUGCUGGAUGGAGGUUUGUCAGGGGGAAGGAGGAGAUGGUUUUGUGUUCAAAGACAUGAUGAAAAGUGCUGCAUCCCUUUUUGGCAUGACAGUUUUGGAUGGGAAGAGGGAAAGCAGCUGUGCUACAUUCCUAAUGAACACUCUGAGACCUCAUUUCCAGAAGUACCUUUCCUGGACCAGAAGUGGAGCUGCCCAUCAGCAUGGGUGAUGCUGAUCUUCUCUGUAGGAAAAUGGGCUCUGGGGUGGCCCCACUGUGUGUGUGAGGGGAGGAAGAAGAGCAGAGUUUGGGGGAAACUCUCACAGAGUACCAACAUCUGAGUGUUUAGAGUCAAAGAGAAAUGAGUUCAUGCUUCGUCUCUAUUUCUAGGAGAGAUACUUCCCAAUGCCUUGCCUCUACUAAGAGCAGAGAGCUAUUCCUGCUGCCAGAGAACCUCAACAAGUCUCACACAGCUCUGGGGCAAGCCAGGCCUAAUUCCCAUCACAUCCAGCAGACAUUCCCACCACCCAGCCUCUUCCAUCUGCAGUUUUCUCAAGGGGCUUGUGACAGGGAGCUGGAAGAAACACUAGUCUGAAUGCAGCUGAGAAGGGACCGUGGGGUCUUCCCUGUUACAGCUGUGCCCUGCUCCCCAAAAAUUAGAAUUGAUUGCACCAACUCAGUCACCCAAGGGUGUCAUUGCAAUGAUGCUUUCUUGGAGGUGAAGGUGCUAUAUUGGUGCAUGGUACAAAUGGAAAUUGUGUACAAGGGCUGCAAACUGUGGGGAGUAAAUGUGGCUCCAGCCCCAGGGCCUCAUCAGUGACCUGUCUUGUCUUCUCCAGUGGUUACUUGUCCUUCUACUCCAGUCUGUCAGGUUGCAAGACAAAAGCUGAAAUGUAGCAAAGGGAAGACAUAAAAUGAUCAGUCAGACUGAAAGUCCAUCCUGUCUCCUGAAAACUUGCCCAUCUGGUCUUUUUAAAUGUUCCUCAAUGCACAUGUUUGGGGGAGAAAAAGUCUGAGCUGCAUCAUUUCAGGCCUGUCCUUGGAUCUGGAGGGUGUUGAAUUGCAGACAGGUGACUCUGGGAACUGUGUUACACAGAAAAAUGUGGAAACUCUGGAAUGUCUUCAGAGAGGCUGCUUGCUUGGGAGACAUCAUUACCUUUGAGCUGUUUGCUUGUCCCCAGGAGUGGGUGGAAUAAGGUGAGAAAAUAAGCGGGGAAAUAAAAGAGCCAAGAAAAGGGAAAGGCGGGUUUUAGAAGGCAAGUGAGUAUCUUGGGUUGGGAAAUCGAGACAGAUUUGGGGAGUGUGGUGUAGAAUUUUAAGUAGCACAGUGGGUACAAGCAAAACCAAAUGAAAAUAGCAAUGUGCUGGAGCUCCAGGAAAAGUUAGCUAUAACGCUGGACAAAUACUGGUUUAAAAAGGAGGCAGAAACCAAUAAAAUCAAGGGACCAUUUGUGCAGGCAGAAAACCAAAUCUCUAGGGUUUUUGCUUUUCUGGUUUUGUUUGUUUGUUUGUUUGUUUGUUUUUCCCUGCAAGAAAAUGCAACUAAAAGAAGGUCUGAAAAGUUAUGCUUUUUCAGGGGCACAGACAGAAGUAUAACACUAUAUGAGCUGUUUCCUUUCACGUGAAAGGCUCUUAUUUCCCAGAACUCAAAUGUAUAGGUUUCCUUGAGUUCAGGAUAUGGAUUGAAGAAUGCAGACGUGGAUCACCACAACCCCCCAAACCCAGAGGUAGCUCUAAACACUUGAUCAGGUGGCAUUCAUGUGCCACUCUGUGUGGAGACAAUAUUGUGUUCAGGAUGUCUUCUUAAGAAUUUUUUUUAAUCUUUAUCAUUUCCUCCCUCCUCAGGAAGUAUCUACAUCUUUUCCUGUUCUGGCCAGGAUUCAGCUGAACUACUAAAGCCAUGGCUCAUACCCAAUGUUUUUUACAGCUCUAGGUGUUCUCUGGUUGUAAGUCAAUGAUGAGGAUAAGCAAGGGGAAUAAAUGAGAUCCUGGCUGUGAUAUCAUGCUGUGAUAGCUCCUCUGACAGCUGGAAAGCUCUGAGCAUCAACAGGGUUGGUUCUUUUGCUAUGGGACUCACAGGCACAGGCAUGUCUUGGCACAUCCCAAAAGGCUUGUUCUCCAUUCACAUGCAGUGGCUUUCUGAUGGAUGUUGAGGUCAUGGAGCCUUGUCACAACACUGCUGUCUCCAAAUGAAUACCAAAAAUAGAAAAAGAGAAAUUUUCCCUCUCAGCACUGCAUUCCAGGAGUGCACAGACUUGCUUAGCUCUAAGGUACCUUCUCCACUUCUGCACCAAUGCGACUCUUGCGUCAGUACCCAUUUUAUAUUUAAGUAGGUGCUAAGUCCUAAAAGUUCUUUUUCCUUUCCCCCUCUCCUUGCAAGCAGGGAUAUUAAGUUUCAAGCCUGAGAAAAUAGGUGUUUUAAAAACAUCUGUUCUGGCUGGCAGUGUCAUAAAUGACACAGGCAGAGACGUCAGUCACUGCUCUGAGAGGAAUGCAGGAGCAUUCCAUCUCUCCUGUGCCUCUUAUUCCUUUCCAGUACACCACUGAGCCAUGAAACAGCUCCCUGAGAGAAGUGAUUGGACUCCUAUUGCUUGAAAAUUUGAAAAACUGAACUGAGGAACGAGAUCAGAGACCAAAGAGAAGGAAGGACAAAGUAUUCCAGCUUUCUUCAAGGGUUAAGUGAGCUGGUAGGUUGGUUUCAUCUCAAUGCCUUCAGUUUCUCACAGACCCAAUCUGACAGCUGUUUUCAGACUAAAGGAAUGACCAUGAAUUCCUUCUCCCUUCUGCUAGUCCCACAAUUUUAGCAUCUCUCCAAGGGGAGAGAUGCUUCUCUAAGGAGGCACAAAAAAUCUAACCGUCACUUCCUCACACUGUCAGGAGUCCUCCAUAGGAACUGAUCUACCACCCAGCACAAGCGACUGAUCCCACAGCUGAAAACUGGAACAGUUGUUCUGAGGAAGAGUUUAACUGCUGAACUACUGGCUUCUUAGGACAAGGUCCCAGCAGGGAAGGACUGAAAUACCUCUAAAGAAAAUCAUAGCUCUGCGAGGUCCAAAUGUCUUGCACGUUUUCUCUCGCUCUCUGCUGGCUUCCAGCUCCUCAGUCUUUGCUGCUUGAUACUCAGAUAGCUGAGUUUCUUCAUUCACUCCCUUUACAGAGCACAGAGAGCUGGUGGAGGUGUUUGAUUUUGAUGUGGUAGGUGAGAUAAGAUUUCUCCCCCCAUGCCCUCUUCUUUUUCUCCCUGCACAGCUCCUGUCCUUGCAGUUCUCAGGACUUGACUAGGAGAGUUUUUAAAUGAAGUGAAAGUCUUAAUGUGAGGUGAAUCCCAAGACCACAAACAGUUUGGACUUCAAACAGUGAGAAAAUUGGCGCCGGAUGAUUCCGCACACAAAGCAGAAAACUUUCAUUUCCUGCAGGCAGGAUGGAAUUGACUGUUAUAUUAAGACUUCAGAAGGAGCACUGCCCUGGAGUAAUUUCACUGCUGUCAGGCAGUGUUGACAUCUAGAUUAACCUCUGUGCAGUGAAUUUUACAGCAAAGCUCAUUGUAAUGCAUGUGGGGUAUCUCCUGUAAAUCCCAGCUGAAGCCCACAGUGUCCCACCCUUCUGCACAGGAGGAAGGGUCGGGGAGCAGCCACUAUCAUUUUUGACCCCAGCAAAGCAUGGCUCUAACCUCAUCCAGGCCAGUUCUGCUGAAACUGAUUUUCUACCAUGCUAAAGUGACAGUAGCUCCAGCCUACAUUUUUGUUUUUUUAAUUCCCCAAAGAGGUUUACAUCACAAGGCUAAAAUUUUUGCUAGUGACAAACAGCUCCCUUCAGGUAUCCACCCAGCAACACAGUCCUAAUUAAAAGGCACUAGCUAACCGGUGGCAAUUAGCUGCUUGCACUGAUUAACACCAAGACAUAUAAUCCCCACACACAAUGCUCUGAUCAGAUGUGAUCUAGGACUAAAUGGCAGACAAACUCCCAGCUGAUGUGAGAUAGUGGCAUCCAAUCCUAUCCACCCGCCCACAGGCCACUAUCAACACUGUUUAUCAAACCAAAACUUCAUGAAUUAAAGAAGUUCACACAGUUAACUCAAUGCAAGUCAGAGGACACUGAAAAAGAAGUCCCUUUGCACUUGAACUGAAUGCUCCUGUUGACAAGUUGGAAGCAUAGACCAGACCUCAAGUCCUUUUGUCUUUUAUGUAGGAGUAGGGGGAGCAGUGAAAUGUCCCAGGCAGGAGCACAACAGCUUCUUCACAUUUAUGUGAGUAGAGAAGAUCCUCUCUGUGGUUAUUAAGAUGCAUCUCUGAGAUACACUUUGUGAAAAAAUCACUAGCAUCUAAAACAAAAAAAAUUGAAUCAGAAGGGUAGGUUUCUUUCUUUGUGUGUUUUUGUCACACCUUCUUAUUCUCACACUUAUUUUCAUACUGUCAUUGCUCUGCAGGCAUCUGUAGGCGGUUCUAGACAAGAGACAGGCUAUCAGGUAUCGAACAGAUCCACCGCUAACCCUAAGGGCAAAAUCUCAACAGGACUUCUAGAAACCUCUUUCAGAGCCCACCCAUCCUCUCACCCACAGCUUAGGUAGGCUUAGGACUGCCUAGAGGGGACAUGGCUGUAGUUUCGUUUCGUCUUCAGAAGGAGUUGUGGCAUUUCUGCAAUCUGACCCAACAGGAAGAUUCCUUCAAACUAACAUUUAUUACCCCCAAUCAUAAUACAGCUGAAAAGGCUAUCCAAGGUUAUAGAAAAGGUCAAGCACUUACUUUGGACUGGAAUUUGCUUUGGAAGAAAUUUGAUGGACCAAUUUAACCACCACAGCACAUCAAAACCUGGUGGCUUCAUUUAAAAAGUAAUCAGUAUUGUAUUUCACUUUAGACAUCCGUGCAUUAGUGUUCUGCAAAUAUGAUUUCCUCUUUGUUUGCAUUAUUGAUGCCAUAAAAUGUCAGACACAUUAAAGAAAAAAAAAAAGAGGCCAACCUUUGGGGUUUGGAAUGAUUCUGGCUGAAUUGCAGUUGGGUUACUUUUCUUUUUAUUUCCCAUGAUAGCGAUGCACUGUUACUCAUUCUGCUAUUGCUUUACAAAGAGUUCUCUGUAAGCGUAUUUAUUCAGCCAACCAUAUUUCAGGAAACACAUAACCUUGAUAUUUUUUACUGUGUGUGGCAGUGCUGUGUGUAUGUGUGUUGGGGAGAAGGGAGGUGGAGCUUUUUACAAGAGCCCUCCCAUGUCUGGUAGUGUGUUGGCUUUGUGUAAUGCCGAGUGCCUCCCUCCUGCUCAGGUGACUGGUUUGAUUUAACCUCAAGAACUGACUUUUGUUACCAGAAUUUGAGGUCUUCUGGUUUUGCACUGCCCAGAAUCUGUCAUCUGCUUUCACCAUUCAGCAGCCAUCUGCUAUCCACAGAGGUUCCUAGAUGUCUGUGCCACAGAGAUUACACAGCACUCGAGUCUCAGGCAUGUGAUAGAGGAGUUUUAGCACAUUCUGAUCCUGGACCAACAGCAAGUUUGCUGAUUUAGCUUGGUUCCCUCCCAAGGUCUGACUACAGUUCCCAAGACAAAUAAUAUUAGCUGCUCAGUGCUUUUUCUCACAGACCAUUAAGAGCACAGGCCUUGGUGGCUGUACGCUCUCUGCCUCACCUCUCUAUAAUGAAUGCAGAUUCAUUUUUCAAUGUUCCUGUGAGCUUUUUGGGAGAAUAUCCUUCCUCUUAAAAUCUAAGAAAAUUCUCAAGCAUUUUGUCUUCUUGAAAGUAAAAGUGAAAAAAUAAGGUGGAAA